AUGUCCAAGGAUCCAUCAAAACCAAACAUCGUCCUCAUCCUAGCCGAUAAUCUCGGCUGGGGUGAGCUCGGCUGCUAUGGCGGAGGCAUUCUUCGCGGCGCUGCAACACCGCGCAUCGACAAGCUCGCCACCCAAGGUCUUCUUCUUCACAACUUCAACGUGGAGAGUGAUUGUGUUCCCACGCGCUCGGCCUUGAUGACAGGUCGUCAUCCCAUCCGAACCGGGUGCCGACAAUCUGUCCCGGCUGGGUUUCCCCAGGGUCUCACGAGCUGGGAGCGUACCCUGCCCGAAUGCCUCAAGCCAAAGGGUUACGCGACGGCUCAUCAUGGUAAAUGGCAUCUUGGUGAUAUUCCUGGUCGGUACCCUUGUGACAGGGGAUUUGACGAGUGGUUUGGGAUCCCAAGGACGACUGAUGAGAGUCAGUUUACGUCGGCUUUGGGAUAUACACCUGAAGUUGCCGAGUUGCCUUAUAUCAUGAAAGGUGUCGCUGGCAAGGACUCGGAGAACGUUUGUGUGUAUGAUUUCGAAAAGAGAAGGUUGAUCGAUGAGAUGCUGGUUGACCAGUCAAAAGAUUGGCUGUCACGUCAAGUAAUGGCAGAGAAGCCCUUCUUCUUGUAUCAUCCACUCGUCCAUCUACAUUUCCCGACUUUGCCGCAUCGCGACUUUGAGGGCAAGACCGGACAGGGAGAAUUCGCCGACUCUAUGGCCGAGAUGGAUUACCGAGUUGGUCAAUUGGUCGACCAUCUGGAUGACCUUGGAGUUCGCGACAACACCGUCUUGAUAUUUGCCUCUGACAAUGGGCCUGAGUUCAGACCCCCAUAUAGGGGCACUGCUGGUCCGUGGUCCGGGACAUAUCACACUGCCAUGGAGGGAAGCUUGAGGGUCCCAUUCAUUAUCCGAUGGCCUGGAAAAGUCCCGGCUGGGGUGACAUCCAACGAAACGGUCCACGUCACUGAUAUCUUCACAAGUAUACGCGAAAUAGCUGGUGCAGAAGCACCACCCGAUAGGCCCAUCGAUGAUGUCAGCCAGGUAGCGUUCUUAAAGAAUCCCGCUGCUGUCAAGUCCCAGCGUGAAGGAUUCCUCUUCUACAUCAAGGAUGAGCUGCGCGCUGUCAAGUGGAAGGACUGGAAGCUUCAUUUGGUCUGGGAACCAAAAGUCAACCAAUCGUCUGGAAAGUUGGAGUCUCCGUACCUGUUCAAUGUGGUGAGGGAUCCAAAGGAGGAGACGGAUAUCUUGGCUUACAACACUUGGGUCAUGCAACCGGUCAUGAGGUUGAGGGCCGCGUUUGAGAAGAGUUUGAGGAGUGAUCCGGCACCGCCUGACCCGCUCAAGGGUCUUUGA